AUGCUGUCGCAGAGAUUAAUAGGCCGCACCGCGGUCAAGUCCGCUUUCCGGCCGUCAGGUCUCCCUACGGUCGUCAAUGCUUCUAGGUGGAGGCGUGGUUAUGCCACCGAGGCUGACAGGGACCUCGUCAUUAUCGGCGGUGGUGUCGCUGGCUAUGUGGCCGCCAUCAAGGCCGGCCAGGAGGGCAUGAAGGUUACAUGUAUCGAGAAGCGCGGCACCCUCGGCGGUACCUGCCUGAACGUCGGGUGCAUUCCGUCCAAGUCACUGCUCAACAACUCGCAUCUCUAUCACACCAUCCUCCACGACACAAAACAUCGCGGUAUCGAGGUGGGCGACGUUAAGCUCAACCUCGGGCAGCUGAUGAAGGCAAAGGAGCAGUCGGUCAGUGGCUUGACCAAGGGUAUUGAGUUCCUCUUCAAGAAGAACGGCGUCGAGUACCUCAAGGGCACCGGCUCGUUCGAGGAUCCUCACACCGUCAAGGUCGAGCUCAACGACGGCGGCGAGACCCGGGUCACCGGCAAGAACAUCCUCAUUGCCACCGGCUCCGAGGUCACCCCCUUCCCCGGCCUUGAGAUCGACGAGAAGACCAUCAUCAGUAGCACCGGCGCCCUAUCGCUCGACCAUGUCCCCAAGAAGUUCCUUGUCAUUGGCGGCGGUAUCAUCGGUCUCGAGAUGGCCUCCGUCUGGUCGCGUCUUGGCUCUGAGGUCACCGUCGUCGAGUACCUCGACCAGAUUGGCGGCCCCGGCAUGGACACCGAGAUCUCCAAGAACAUUCAAAAGAUUCUCAAGAAGCAGGGCAUCAACUUCAAGACCGGCACCAAGGUCCUGAACGGUGAGAAGACUGGCGACGGCGUCAAGAUCAACGUCGAGGCUGCCAAGGGUGGCAAGCCUGAGACUCUUGAGGCUGAUGUCGUCCUCGUUGCCAUCGGUCGUCGUCCGUACACUAAGGGUCUCGGCCUCGAGAAGAUCGGCAUCGAGCUCGACGAGCGCGGCCGCGUCAUCAUCGAUCAGGAGUACCGUACCAAGAUCCCACACAUCCGCUGCGUGGGUGACGCCACCUUCGGCCCCAUGCUCGCUCACAAGGCCGAGGAAGAGGCCGUCGCCGUCGUCGAGUACAUCAAGAAGGGCUACGGCCACGUCAACUACGGCUGCAUCCCUGCCGUCAUGUACACCUUCCCCGAGGUCGCCUGGGUCGGCCAGUCCGAGCAGGACCUCAAGAAGGCCGGCAUCCCCUACCGCGUGGGCACCUUCCCCUUCAGCGCUAAUUCCCGUGCCAAGACCAACCUCGACACCGAGGGCUUUGUCAAGAUGCUGGCUGAUCCCGAGACCGACCGCCUGCUGGGCAUCCACAUCAUUGGCCCCAACGCUGGUGAGAUGAUUGCUGAGGGUACCCUGGCGCUUGAGUACGGUGCCUCUAGCGAGGACAUUGCUCGCACGUGCCAUGCCCAUCCCACGCUGGCUGAGGCCUUCAAGGAGGCUGCUAUGGCUACUUAUUCCAAGGCUAUCCACUUCUAA